AGCAUCGCCGAUGGACUGUCGUGAUAAAGCUCCGUGAAACGUCUGCCACGCAGACGCACAUUCUUCCGCUGAAACGGAAAAUGUACUGAACAGUGUGUUUCCGUAAAGUGAAAGUGUUGUUCUUCGCUGGCACGAUGUAUCGGCACGUUAACCAGCGGAAACGUCAGCGGGGCAUGGACCUGCUUUUUUCUGCAGCAACGGGACACGAUGAUGGUGAUCAGUUGAAACGCGUCCAUUGUGUGCUAAUUAAUCGAUCUGCACCGGUGUCAUUUGACAUUUUCCCGCGGUGAAUAUUCGGAUUACGUUAAAUUUCGCCGGAAAAUGGAGUUGUCAGCGAUUUGGUUUGUUGUGGUUAUUUCCGUGCUUAUCCACGAUGCGGGGUGUAUUGACACGAAGAGCAGCGCCGUGUACGAGUACCAGCGCAGCACGGUUUUGAGCGGCAGUCAGCCGGUGGAGCAGGCCGGCACCGUCAUCGUCUCGCCGCUCUGGCUGGCCUCCAAGACCACACCGCAACCAGCCAACAGUCCCUACUCCGGCCUCUUCCACGUUCAGUUCCGCCGGGAGAGCGAUCUGGAUGAAGAGCUGAUUGAGCGGCCGUUUCUGAUCGCCAUCGGGAAUCCGGAUGUACUGCAUUUUCAUUCCAAGGAAACCGUUCGUGUUAAGAAUUUCAAGCGCGCUGUCUAUAGGAUUUUAUCGGUCUACUCCAAAUCAACGCUCAACGGAACGGGCGACAAUUUCUCCAACUUCACCUGUCGCCUGCUGACCGCCCAGCAGACCGACAACACCGCCAUCCGCGCCACGGAGUACACCAGCCAACAAGCCUGCCGGCGCCCGCUGCGCCUCACUUCCGCCAGCGGCCGCUCGCACUCGCCGCUGGACUACGCGACGCUCUCCGUCAACUACCAGCGCCGGCACACCAGCGCCGCCAACGGCACCUUCCUUAACGGCCAGAUCACCGAGCACCACAAGCUCUUCCUGCCGCACGCGGCGGCCGCCAACGGCGUCCUGCAGGCGGAGUCGGUGCAGAGCGUCCGCUUAAUUAAAGUGGAACCCAACUAUGUGGGGAAGUUUGCCGCGCCCAGUAUUAGCACGGCCAUGGGGAAUUUUCCCGGGUUUGUCCAGGAGGGAAUUAAUUUUGUGAAGGAUGAACACGUGGGAGUAUCGCUAACGAAGACUGUUAACGAGCCGGUGGGUGACUUGUUGAAGAAAUUAAAAAAGCAUACGCUGAAAUCCAACGCGGCCACCGUCAACGCCGGUCGCGCCUUUCUCCGCCUCCUGACAUCGGCCGGCGCCGCGUCCGAGGAAGACGUUGUUGUUUUGCUGAAGGAAAGUUUGGCCAUCAAGAAAAAAGAUAAAGCCAAUAUCUAUUUUAUCCUGGAUGUCUUAGCUGCCAGCCAAUCGUUAGCCGGCUUCGAAGCCGUGGAAACCACACUGUUCAGCAAAAAAUCGUCGUCGAAUAACUUGGAUUAUUUCUACCGUUAUGUCACUGCGCUGUCGUUCGCGCGCCGACCAAAAGUAACCAUUGGUCAAAAACUGCUGAAUUUACUGGAGCAGAAGGACGUUGACAGCAAAUUAGCGGAAGCCGCCGCCCUGGCGGUAGCCGCUCUGAGCCGCACUAUGAGCCGGGAAAAUUCGGGCAACGAUGGCGAUCAACUAGAAUUCGUAGACAAAGUCAGCAGUUUGUUAUCCGAGCGGCUGACAACCGCCAAGGACGCUGACACCCAGGUCCUCUACCUCCGCGCCCUGGGCAAUUUAGCCGGCACCGAGCAGCUGCCCCAGAUCAUCAGUCACAUCCACAAAGGGGGCGUGGCCGCCGCCGCCGCCAUCCGCGCCACCCAACGCUACGACUGGAGUGACCUUUCGUGGAAAAUCAAAUCCCUGGUGGAAAGCGCUGUGUGGGGUGUCUACGAGAGCACGCACAAGACUGUCACCAGCAGCAGUAAAAUCGCCGCCGUUGAUUGGCUAAUUCACCGCUACGCCGCUGACGACAAGCAGGCGGCGUACGUUGUACUCAGGAUUGUCCGCGGGCUGGCCGCAAUUCACGGGGAAGAAUGCCGGACGUAUAUCCUGGCGCGGCUGAGGAACCACCUCGGAUUAUCCACACAUUUUUGGAGCGCGUUGUCGGUGGCGCUACGCAGCACCUCGACCUACGCCGAUUUAGCUGAAAUGGGCCAGUCGACGGCGUACCACGGUCUGCUGCGCGCCGCGCCCGCCCUCAACGCCACCUACGACCUGGGCAUGGAGUUCGCCGGCGGCAGCAUGAAGGAGAGCGCGGUGAAGGUGGGCGUGGCCAGCGGCGACCAACACCUGGGCGUCAUCUCGUUCGGGUUAUACGCGCACGGAUUGGCCAGUUUCAUGGGCGGGGCAGAGGCGACGGAGGACGGUGAUAGUCCCGUGACGGCGGGCCUGGUGCUGGAGAUGGCCGAGGUGACGCUGCCGCGCAUGGUCUUCUUCAACGGCCUGGGCCAGCUGACGUCGCUGGCGCUGUCCGCCUCGGGCGACGACCCCGUGGCGGAAAUGCAGUUCAAUUUGCUGCUGCAAAACGUGUCGGUGGCCGUCCCCCUGGGCAACGGCAUGACGGUAGUAACCCGCCUGCAGACCACCAUCGCCGCUGACCUGUCCGGCUUCGUCGAGGCCAGUCUCUGGUACCGCACCCUCAAAUCCCUAGUGCGCAACCGUGUGGCGUUCGUGCUGGAAGCCGAAAGCCGGCUGGUGGACCGCGCCGUAACGAAGGACGUUAGUGUGGUGCUGCGGGAAGCCUCGCAAGGCAAGAUGGAUUUCAUGACCAGCAUCGACUUCUCCAGCUUCCCCGUCAAGCUCUGCAUGCAGAUGAGCAGCGGUCUCAUCAAGCACAGCCGGCAUCAACGCUGGACCGACAAAGACAACAAACCGCGCAUCAAAUCCCACAAACGGACCGUCCCGCCCAAAUCCUACGCGUUCGGCUGGCGGAACGCCAACACGUGCCGGAAAUUACAGCCCACAUAAAUUACAACCAGAGAAUAAUUUAAAAUUCACCUGAAUUUUCCGUGAAUUUUUUUUCUAAAUUUGUUAAAUUAUAGGGAAAUUCUCGUUGUUGUUUACUCCUAAUUUUUUGUUUAAUUCUGUGAUGCAGCAACAUAACCCGCUCAAAUAAAACAAAACAGUACAACGUGGAACGCCUGAAACUGUGAAGAGAGAAUAAAUUACAACACUAAUAUUAAAACACAAUUUUUCCGGGAAUGCCAACGAAAAAUAAAACCAACGAAAAAUCCACACGAAGCAGCCAGCAGGACAUUGUAUUGCAGAGCGUAAAAUUGUCAAUAAUAAUUCAUAACCUCACUAAUCUACGCGAAACACAUAUCACACAUACCGCACAAAACACUCCAAAUCCGUCAGGAAUAUUCUCCUAUUUGCCCUCCUUUUUCUCGGCGGGAGCGCCGCCCUGGGCGGGCUGCCCAGCACGGUCCCGGGGGUAGAACUCUGCCAACGUGCUCUGCGGGAUGCGCUUGAGCAUCUCCUUGGGGAAGAUGCGCAGCAGCUGCCAGCCAAUGUCCAGCGACUCGAAGAUGGUGCGGUUCUCGUAGCUGCCUUGCGAAAUGAAGUUCUUCUCGAAUUUGUUGAGGAACUCCAGGUACAGCAGGUCGUCGGAGGAGAGCGCCUCCUCGCCCACCACGGCCUU